AUGCCCUUUACGGAACCAGAUGAAGUAGCAGCCUGCGUCCUCGACACCUUCGCCGCCCUCCCACAAAAGUACAAACCUCGAGUACUCGCCAAUGGACAAAGCGAGUGGGUGCCUCUAGCCGGCAUCGUGCUCAGUCGAGAUCAUGGCCCUCCUCCGCACCUCCUCUGCGCCGCCUUAGCAACGGGCAUGAAAUGCCUGCCUCAUUCGAAACUGCCCUUCGUAAAGGGCAAUGUGCUGCAUGACUGGCAUGCUGAAGUCCUCGCUUUGAGGGCGUUCAACCGGUUUCUGAUUGACGAAUGCGCGGAGCUGAGCACAUCUUCAAAAGAGCAGGAUGAGACACGGUACACUGAACAGGAUGGAGGACAUGCACAACGCCACACACCGCCCUUCACCUUCCGUCCCGAUGUCAAGAUCCACAUGUACUGCUCCGAAACCCCCUGCGGCGACGCGAGCAUGGAACUCACCAUGGCCGAGCAAGAAGAUGCGACACCUUGGUCUGCCAUGAGCACUCCCUCCACCAACUCCUCUCCCAACCCAGCAGCCACCAGUCCUAUCACGCCCAUCUCAGGCUUGCUAGGCCGCGGCCACUUCGACCGCCUAGGUCUCGUCCGCCGCAAACCCUCCCGCCCCGACGCACCACCCACCCUCUCGAAAUCCUGCUCCGACAAACUCGCUCUCAAACAAUGCACCGGCCUCCUCUCCGUGGAACGAGCAUUCGGUAGGGAGGGGAGGAUGAAAGAGCUCGGGCAGGAGGAUGUACAAGCACGCUGGAAACAGGGUGGAGGAUUUGCGUUUCGACCGUUUGAGGUGAAGACUACGAAGCGGGAAUUUGAGUUCUCGAGACGAAGUCCCGCGACUGCUGCGCGAGGUGGCCCGCGAAUGUCGAGUAACCUGUCGGCGAUGUAUACACCCCGACGACAAGAGAUCUUGAUCAACGGCGUGCUGCAGGGACGGAAACAACUCGAUCCGAAAGCCGCGAGUUGCGUAUCUCGGAGGAUGGCAUGGAAGUCGGUGCUGGAGGUCGCGAUGCUAGCUGGGAUACCGCUCUUGACCGAGGCGUUGAGGAAGAAGAGGACUUAUGCGGAGAUGAAGGGAUGCAAGGUGUUGGAGGGACGGGCGAGGGUGAAAAAGGACGUCAAGGAGAUGGUCUUGAAAGGGUGGGUGAGGAACGAGGGCGAUGAAGCUUGGGAAUUGGAUGAGUAG